AUGCUUAGGAGCGAUGAUAACACUCGAUGGACACUGUUUGAUAAAGAUUUCCAAAGUUUCCAGAAACUUCCAAAAGUUCCUUUUGACUAUUGCUUCCGUUGCGCAGAUAGAGAAACAAUUUGUGCAGGCACACAAUUGAUCAUUGUCGGAAGGGAGACUGAGGGCAUUGUGGUGUGGCGAUACGAACUAGAGAUGAAUAAGUGGUUCAAAGGACCUGCAAUGAUUGAACCACGAGUCAUGUACGGUUCUGCUAGCCGUGGGAACGAUGCUUUCUUCGCUGGAGGAAUUAAAAUUCACGAAAAUGGGAUCUCUGAGGUUGUGAGCACAGCGGAGAAAUUUAGCGCCAAUACCAAAACAUGGACAGUAAUCCAUGAAAUGCAUAAGCGGAGGAAGUUCUGCUCCGGAUGUUUCUUGCAUGGCAAGUUUUACGUCAUCGGUGGUCGGGAUGAAAAUAAUCAACAUUUAACUUGA